ACUAGAAGUUACUCUAUGAUAGUGCAGAUUAAGUCAGCCAAAACUGGAGACAGAAGCACUGAAGUGUGUAACUGGAUUCUGGGAGGCAGCUACAAGCUUUGUCUCUCCUCAAAUUCCUCACUGUCCUGUGCUUUAGUAGCUGGUCUUCUAUUUCACUCUGCACUGGCUCCUUGGUGUCAGAGGACACAGAAAAUGAGCUACAAUCUCUUCCUCCUGGCUUUAGUCCUGGGUAUUGGUGGAGGUUUCCAAUAUGGGUUGCAGAUCUCCGUAAUCAAUUCUCCCGCUGAGUACAUCAAAAGUUUCAUUCGUGAGACCUGUCUGAGGAGAUAUGGCUUUUCUCCCAGUGAAGAGAUGAUUACUUUGAUGUGGUCCUUCAUUGUGUCCAUUUACAGCAUUGGUGGGCUUCUGGGGUCCUUGUCUGCCGGAUAUUUGUCUGUUAGAUUUGGAAGGAAGAAGGCCAUGCUUUUAGCAGAUAUCCCUUCCCUGCUGAGUGCAGCUCUGAUGGGGUUCAGCCAGCUGUGUGGAUCCUUUGAGAUGAUCAUCAUUGGAAGAUUAUUUGCUGGAGUGUGUGGAGGUAUAGCUCUGAACAUCCAUCUCAUGUAUGCCGGGGAAUGUGCCCCGCGGAAGCUCCGUGGGCUGGUUGCUGUAACUGCUUCUACUUCCAUCGCCAUUGGAAAAUUUGUAGCAUUUGCUCUGGGUCUCAGAGAAGUUCUUGGAGUAGAUGCUCUCUGGCCAAUUCUCAUGGCAGUCAAUGUGCUUCCUGCCCUCGUUCACCUUCUCACCCUCCCCUUCUUCCCAGACUCACCCCGCUACCUUCUCAUUGACAAAAAGGACAAGGAGGGGUGCAUCAAAGCUGUGAAGUGGCUCUGGGGAGAUGGUGAUCAUAUGGCUGAAAUAGAUGACAUGAUGGCAGAGCAAGAAGCCAUCCAUGACGAGAAGGCUAAGAGCAUGUGUGACCUUUUUCGUGACAGACCUGUCCGCUGGCAGUUCAUCACUCUUUUCCUUGUCUCAUCAUGCAUGCAGCUAAUUGGCUGCAAUAUGGUUUACUUUUAUGCAUACAGUGUCUUUAUAAAUGCUGGAAUCCCCCCUGCUCAAACCCACUAUGUCUCCCUUGGAGUUGGGAUCACUGAGAUCCUUACCACACUGAUGUGUGUUUUCCUAAUUGAGCGUGCAGGACGAAAGACACUGCUCUGGAAAACCUACACUGUUAUGGCCUUAGCUUUAGGGUUCCUCACAGUCACGCUUUCACUACAGGAUGCAUUUUCCUGGGUACCAUACUGCUCUGUUGCACUCAUCUUUAUUUUCAUCAUGAGCUUUGGCAUGGGGCCAGCUGGAGUAUUAUGCUCCUUGCCCACAGAAAUAUUCAUUCAGUCGUACAGACCAGCCGCUUAUGUUUUUAAUGGUACUAUAAACUGGAUCCAACUUUUCAUCCUUGGACUUUUCUUCCCUUUCAUUGUGGAAGGUCUUGGUAGUUUCUGUUUCAUCAUUUUCUUGACAUACUGUCUGUCCAUGGCUAUCUUUGUCUUCCUGGUGAUGCCAGAGACCAAAGGAAAGACCAUGCUGCAGGUCAUGGAGGAGUUCAACCGCCUGAACUACCGUGGAAAGAAGAAACACACAAUUCUAGAGCAGAGUAACUGCUCAGUGGUGACUGUUACUAGACUUUAAUAACAAACUCUCCACUCUUAUUACUGUAGUGCCCAGAAGCCUCACUAAACAAGACAGAAUCCACCUCUCCACAAACAGCAAAAAAAGUGUACUUUAAAAAUAAUCACUUGCAGUGCAGGAUGAAUUUGGUGGCUCUCUCCAGCUGCUGGAAUAUGAGCUGAAUUCAGUCCUCUGCAGAAAAAAAUUACACACAGUCUACAAAGAUAUAAGAUCUUUGUUAGUCCCUGCAAGUUAGCAGCUGUGUAACAGAGCACAGGAUCUCCUACUUUCCUUACCAAAACCAGGACUCAACAGUUACUGGAGGAACUGAGUGUGGAAGGUUCAGAUGUACAGCAUACUUGUGAAACAGAGAAAAAGAAGACAGAGCUUUCACACUGAACAAGCCAGUGCUGCUGAGCUCUGCCAGAGAAGGAGCUUCAGUCCACAUGAAAAGAAGUGUUUAGCUCUUUAAUCCAGUGCAAUAAGAGUACCUUGCCUGUCAGCAGGCAGAACUGAUGCAGUUUCCUCUUCUUAGAGUUAGACUUGAGAGCAAGUACAAGGCAUGAGGACAACUAGGACUUUCUUGAGGAGCUUAUGACCACACUUCUGUGACUUGCAGCAUGGUCUUCAUCCCUUUUAGUUUGUUGGGGUUUUUG